AUGGCACAAUUCCUCCCCCGUCGCUCAUUUAGUAUUCCGUCAUCAAUUCCAAAAUCUUACUUCCUAGGCCACCAUCACGCCGCUGUCAGUAAACUAAAGACGGUCCUCCCAAGAGUGUCGCUGGUUAUUGAAUGCCGCGACUUUCGACUGCCGCUGUCAACUCACAACCCUGUUCUGGAGAAAGCAGUCAUUGGCUGUCCAAAGAUCAUCGUAUAUACGAAACAUGACCUAGGUAGCGAUAGCCCCGGCGUCCGGCAGCUGCUGCAGAGGCUGCAUGGCCGUCGCGCCUUGUUUUGGGAUAAGAAUCACCCUGGAGCAACGGCAUCUCUCCUAAGGCGGCUGAAGGAGACUGCUUACGAGGUAGACUCCAUAACCGGGCUGUGUGCGCUCAUAGUGGGCAUGCCCAAUGUGGGUAAGAGUACGUUGUUAAACGCCCUGAGAAAGUCUGGGACGCUGGGGAGGAAAACAAAAGUAGCAAAGACUGGCGACCAGGCCGGCGUAACCCGUAAAAUUGGCACAAGCGUCCGUGUGGUCGAGCCAGAGGAGCGAGGGGGCGUCGGCGCUGGCGUAUAUGUGCUCGACUCGCCAGGAGUUUUUAUGCCAUAUGUUGAAGAUGGGGAGGCUAUGAUGAAGAUUUCCCUCGUACAGGGUAUCAAGAAAGGACUCAUAGCAGACGAGAUAUUGGCGGACUAUCUUCUCUAUAAGAUGAAUCUUUGGGAUCCCCGACUCUACGGUCGAUACUGCGAGCCGACAAACGAUGUACAAGAGUUCCUCUCCGCCGUGGCAAAGCGCGACGGCAAACUGAAAGCUGGCGGUGUCCCUGACAUGGAGGAAUCCGCAGCCAGGGUGCUGUCUGAGUGGCGGAAAGGUAAACUGGGCAAAUAUGUCUUGGAUGACCUUUCAGAUGAGGCCCUUCGAAAUCAUGAAUUGAUGGUUAGCAGUCCUCCAUUAAGUCUGAGCCAAGGGAAGAAGGCAUGGAAAGAACAAAAGAAAGAAAAAAGCGCCUAA